AUGCCGGCGCAGUAUAUAAUAUCAAAACGUCUCGAUCCCCUCUUUGCAAUCUCAAUCGGUCUCGCCGCUGCAGCAACCCGGAUUCAGCGUGAAGAGAGGGAAAAGGGGAGGGAUUUUAGGGAGAGUUGGGAGGUUUUGAGACGGAGAUGGGGGAUUUUUUUGAAGGGGGAGGGGAAGGUGUAG